AUGUCUGCUGCCGACUCGCCGGGCAGCCGGCCGGGCCCCGACAAGGCCAUUGACGAGGCUGCUGCGGAGCGGAAACAGCAACUUGGCCGACCGGCUCGAUCAAGGCUGCCGGGAUGGCUGAAUCACUUCAACGCCAACGACCUCAAGGUCGCUUUCCGCUGUUGGGUCGCGGUGUGGGUUGCCACGAUUCUCAUCUUCAUCGACCCCGUGCUGCAAAACAUCGGCAUCGCCACCUUCUUCGGCGCCAUCGUCCUGUACAUUGUUCCGCCGGCGGGCAUUCUGAUGGUCUACCUGCUCGCCUCGCUGUCGCUGCUCCUGGGCAUGUGCCUGGCUUGGGCUUGGGGCCUCUUGUCCAUGAAGGCGGCACUGGCCGUGCGGCCGGACGAGGAGACCCAGGCCCGUCUGCAGUCUCUCCAGCAGCAGGCCGGCAUGCUUGCCAAUCAGACCGGCCAGCCGCCCGCUGCCAUCGUCCAGAAGCUCGUCUACGACGGCUUCAUGCUUGACGCCCGCGUGGUCGUCAUUUACUUCGUCAUGUGUUGCGUCUUCAUCUAUGCGCUUGCCCGGCUGCGGUAUGCCAAUGGCAAGAUGAUUUUGUUGCAGCUGUUCGGCACCAUUGUCAUUGACAUCUUCUUGCUGACCGGCCCGAUCCUGACCAGGUUCAAUUCCAAGCUCGCCCAGGUGUUUGUGAAACCGGGAGCCAUCGGGAUUGGCUUGGGGGCAGUGUGUUGCCUCUUCGUUUUCCCCCAGUCGACGUCGUAUGUGGUUUUGGGACAAAUGGAGCAGUUGAUCCGUAUGCUCGAGGCGCCCGUGGACUCGACACGGCGGUACUUUGCUGGCGAUGAAACGUUGGAUGAUGCACAAUUAAGAGCAUCUAAAGGCUCCAUCAUCAGUCUCUUCAAGGCUAUGGAGCCGGGGCUUGCCUUUCUUCCACUGGACCUUUCACGGGGCAGGUGGAACGCCGACGACGUUAAAUGUUUACAGCGACGGGUCCGCGACGCCAUUGCCGCCGGUGUUUUUCUCUUAGAUUUUCACAUCACGCGCGUGUCAGCGGCUGCCAGGGCUGAAAGGCUUGGAAUGGCUCAGCCGACACCCACUGCACAAGACCCCGACGAUGGCAGCGACAAGGAAAAGACUUCGUUCGACACUGGUCUCGUUGACGCCUUGAAAAGCCCGGAGCAAAGCUCCAUCCGCCACGGAUUGCUAGAGACGCUCAAGGAUACGACAGCCGAAAUCCUUCAAGUCAACUCGCGGGCUAUCAAGGCCGCCGCGGACACAGUUCACAUCAUAAACACGGGAAGAUGGUACCUUGGCACCGCGCGUACGAAGCGGCUCGACGGCCUCAAGGAAGAGCUGGCCGGGCUCCGGGCUGAGCUACAGUCUGUCCGAGAAUCGUGUGUUAUCAAUACUAAUGAUGCGGUAGUUGGUGCCCAUGCUGACUUGUUCGACGAGCAAGGCCAGCUGAAGAAUCGAAAGGACACCAACCCUCUGUCUCUCAACGGUAUUGUUCUCGCCAUGGUGCUCGAGGAGCGCAUUGUGGCCACGGCAGCUACUACGGAGGCUAUUGUGGACUACAUCAUGGAGCUUCUUGAACUGCGAACUACAACACGCGUUUGGGCCCCGUCUCAGCUUCGUUACGCGUUUUCUUGGCUAUUUAGUGGCCGCGUCGCAGCCCCGGUUGCCGGUGCUUCUACGGUGCCCGCUGAAGACCCCGACGAUAUUUUAGAACAGGCCGAGGAGACGCACAGGCGGCUGCGUCUUGUUCGCAAAGGCAAUGCUGCGCCCAGGAAGCAAAGGGGAUUUCUCACGAGAGCGGUGAUUGGCACAUACAAAUGGCUUACCAACCCCGGAGGCAUGUACGCUCUGCGCAUGGUCAUUGUGACCGUUGCGCUGUCCGUUCCGGCUGUGCUCCCGAACACGGCUGGCUUCUUUUACCGCGAGAAGGGUAUCUGGGCUGUGAUUAUGGCACAGACGUGCCUCCUCAUGUACAUGGCCGACUUUACCUUUUCCCUCGUAUCCCGAGGACUGGGCACCAUUCUCGGCGGCGCCCUGGCCCUGGCAGCUUGGUAUGCAGGCUCGGGCAACGGCAUCGGUAACCCAUACGGCCUUGGGGCCACCACUGCGGUCGUCUCAUUCAUCCUCAUGUGGUGGCGUCUCUACCUGCCACCAGCGUUCGCCCAAGCCAGCAUCAUGACUGCCUCAACGUUUGUGCUGAUUAUCGGAUUUAGCUGGGACCAGAAUCACGUCACGCAGUACGGACUGCCUGGCGUCGGCUACGUGGCGUUCUGGAGACGCCUCGUCACGGUGCUGGUCGGUCUCGCGGCCGCCCUCAUUGUCCAAAUCUUCCCCCGGCCUCCCUCGGCGACCCGGUACGUCUGCAAAACGCUUGCCAACACCGUUCGGUCUCUCACCGACCACUAUGCCCUGCUCGUAUCACAAUGGAGCCAGUCAGAUCGCGAGGGACAGAACCUCGGUGCCGCGGCCGCAGCUGAGAAAAUCACCCUCAAGGUCUCGGAAACGCUUCUGGAUCUCACCGACGCUAUUAGCCUGCUGAAGGUGGAAAUCAGCUCCACGCCGUUUGACCAAAAGGUUUUGUUCACCACGAGGGAGCACUGCAGCAGGAUGAAUCAAUGCCUGGGUAAGCUGCUGGUUCUGUCAUCUACAUUGCCGAAACGCCUGCAAGAUCGUCUCACCAAGACGGUGGGCGUGAUUGACGACGGCGUUGUUGGGAAUGUCAUGUCCGUCUUGACGAUUAUCGAAUCGUCCUUGCGGACAGGUGCGCCACUGCCGGAGAGACUACCAGCGCCACUGGUGCGCAGCUGUUUUGUGACGUGGUAUACCCAGCAUGAGCGUGCCGAGUUGAAUAUUGAUCUUAUUAAGAGCGAGGACUACAGGAGAUAUUGUGUUGCCGUAUCGUGCUACGUGACCUUCCUGUCUACAGUCGACGACCUGGUGGACGCGCUGAAGGAGACUUUGGGAGAGGCUCACGUCAUACACCAAUGGGAGGAGGCCGUGUAA